AUGGAGACCCGAAUCAACGAUAUUGUAUCGUCUUUAGGAACUGCUACCAAUGAUGUUCGCAUGAUUGGCAUCGGGGGGAUAGGAGGUGGUGGGAAGACAACUUUGGCACGAGCUGUUUUUAGUAAGAUAUCCUUUCAGUUCGAGGGUAAAAGUUUAAUUGAGAACAUCAGUGAAGUUGCAAACACUUCUUUGUCCGAUUUGAAGUCGUUGCAAAAUCAAGUCCUUUCUGAUGUAUUAAAUAGUCGAGGCAUCCACAUACGUAAUGAAUAUGAGGGGAAAAUGAUGUUGUGGACGAUUAUGCGUGGUAGAAAGGUUCUUCUUGUUCUCGAUGAUGUAGAUCAUAUUAACCAGCUUGAGGCGUUAGCUGGUGACCCUAAUUGGUUUAAGUCGGGAAGUAUAAUUAUUAUUACAACAAGAGAGAAGCAAGUGUUGGUAGCACAUGGAGUGAAGUUGAUCCAUAAUGUCAAUUUGUUAUCGGAUACGGAAGCAAUUUACCUAUUUAGUAAAUAUACAUUUGGGAGAGAUAUUCCAGAAGGGUAUGAAGAGCUAUCGAGACAAGUUGUAUGUUAUGUUGUUGGUCUUCCCUUAACAAUCAAAGUUUUGGGUUCAUUUCUUUGUGGUAAAAGUAAGCUUGAAUGGGUAGAUGCUCUAGACAGACUAAAAGCAAUUCCAUUAGAGGAAACUCGAAAAAAGUGGGAAUUAAACUAUAUUAGUCUAGACGACGAUUAUAAGGAACUAUUCCUAGAUGUUGCCACCAUGCUGAAAGGUUGGCCAAAAGACUCGGUAAUUGAAGCUCUUGAAAGUUGUGGAUUUUAUGCUAGAAUUGGUUUAAGAGUUCUUGAGCAAAAAUCUCUCAUAACUAUUGAUGAUUAUGAGCGUGUAGGCAUGCAUGACCAUUUAGAAGAAAUGGCAAAGAAUAUUGUUCGGCAUGCUUUACGAUAUUUGUGUUGGAACGAUUACCCUUUUAGUUCUUUACCCAAAAUAUUUCAAGCAAAUAAUCUUGUUGUAGUUCAGAUGCUUGAUAGCAAAAUUGUAAAACUUUGGGAAGGGGGAGAAAGAAAGGUUCUAAACAAGCUCAUAUUCAUUGACCUCAGUUAUUCUACAUUGAGGACCUUUGAACUUGGGCUUACUCCAAACCUCGAGACGUUUACUCUUCUAGGAUGUAGUCAUUUGGUAGAGCUUCACAUGUCCAUUGAAUGUCUAAAGCUCAAAUCCCUCAAACUUUCUAGUACUUCAAAGUUGAGGACGCUUGACCUUCGGUUGACUCCAAACCUUGAGCAUUUAGAUUUUAAUGGUGAUUCGGUAGAACUUUACAUGCCCAAUGAAUGUCUAAAGCUCAGAUCACUCAAACUUUCAGGUUCAAACUUAAGGAGGCUUGACCUUCGGCUGACUCCAAAUCUUGAGAAUUUAGAUCUUAACAAACGUUACAAUUUGGUAGAACUUCAAGCUCAUGUUGGAUGUCUAAAAAAUGUUGUCUACUUAGACUUAAGUGGAUGUUUGGGGUUUAAAUCUUUUUUGUUUCACAUAAAGGAUAAUACUUUUGGUAGAAUGAAUGAAUCACUUGAUGUUCGUUCUUUAGCCGAGUUACAUUUCAUCCUAGAAAGUUGCCCGUUUCACCUCGAUAAUCAUUUGCCAAAGUUUGAGUUUACAUGUUUUCAUAAAGAAGAUCUACCUUUAUUGGCUAGAAAUCCCGAGAUGCUUAUUUCUAUAGGUCCAUGUGCCUACAUAAAACUUGAGACAUUUUCAAGAAGCAUUUGUUGA